AUGGGGAUGUGACGUCACUGCGGCGGUUAGUUGCCGCUUCUUGCCGUUGCUAUUCUCGCUGACAGCAACCGGGACGUGAAGCUUUUUUCUGGCUAUCAAACUCAGGGGAACAUGCGUUCACUCGUAGGACUAAUUACGGUUGUCGCCGCAGCCAGCUUGUAUCUAUAUUCCCUGUCCUUGUACCUCCCCGCGGGACCAAGAAAGCGUUCUGUCCGGAGCGCCGAGGCUGGACAUGUGUCCGAGGAGCAACAGCAGCAGCCCGGCGACUCCUUAGACGAAGAAGAACCCAGCAGGUUAAAGUUCCCUUCAGACUUGGAGGAGCUCCGGGAACUCGCUGAACUCUUGCAGUUCUACAAGACGGAGCACACUGGAUAUGUCCUGCUCCUCUUCUGCAGUGCUUAUCUCUACAAGCAGUCCUUUGCUAUUCCUGGAUCCUCAUUCCUGAACAUUCUUGCGGGAGCUAUAUUUGGACCCUAUCAAGGACUGCUGCUUGCCUGUGUGCUCACAACUGUGGGCUCUACAAUGUGCUUCCUCCUCUCCCAAUUCUUUGGAAAACACUACAUUGUGAACCUCUUCCCAGAUAAAGUCUCCACAUUGCAGAGAAAGGUGGAGGAAAACCAGGACUGUUUGUUCUUCUUCCUGCUCUUCCUGAGGUUCUUUCCCAUGACUCCCAACUGGUUUCUGAAUAUGUCUGCCCCAAUUGUAAACAUCCCCAUCACCUUCUUUUUCUGCUCAGUCUUCAUUGGCCUCCUGCCAUACAACUUCAUCUGCGUCCAGACAGGCGUCAUGCUAUCCGAGGUGUCAUCGCUGGAUGACUUGUUCUCCUGGGAGCGGCUCCUGCAGCUGCUGGCCAUCGCCUGCAUGGCUCUGCUGCCUGGUGCCCUCAUCCGCCGCUUCAGUCAGAAGCGACUCAAACUUGGCAUCCAGUCACAGAAUGGACUCGAUAAGAAGGUCCAGUGAUCCAUCCUGGGACUGAGUUUGUUUGUUAACAUACUGAUGCCUUCUGCCCUCUAGAGCGAAUGAAACACACACACACACGUGUAAAGUGCUUUACUGUUGCAGAGCCACCUGGACAAAUCACAGUGGGAGUAUUUGAGGAGAAUUAUGUCGUACCAGAUAUUUCCGUGCCACAUGUUGGCACAGCAGUAAAUGUUUAUAGAUGUAGGAAUGUACAGUGGUGACACGAAGGGGCGGGGGGCAUUUUAAGGAAAUUUUGCUCUUGCACUCAUGUUCAGAAAGCAAGUGUUCAAAGUGCCUGUUGUGGAGUUUUGAACUCACACUUCUACCUCCAUGAGCACCAGAAAGAGAUGGUGUAAAUGUUUGUUGAUGGUUUUGUGGGGCUUUUAUGAUUUUUCUUUUUGGUUUAUACGAGUAUGUUAUGUUUUUUAUUGUUUUGACAAUCGCUUCUUGCAGUUUCAGUGUUAAUCUUUCUUUUUUGGGGGGGGGGGGUCAUUUAGAGGCCAGAAUUUGACCUCUGGAAAAGAAGCGUGACCGGAUUAAAUGGCUUGUUAUAUGGGACGUGUUUAACGUGUUAAGGUGUUCUCUGGUAUUGUCUGAAAACCGAUGUGCAGUUAAUUUGGGUGACUGGAAGCUUUAAUCCUGCUAGAAAAAAAUCUUUCUUUGCAGUCUUUUUGUUGGUUUAGCAGUAAAAUGUCUUUCUUCUGAUUUGUAUAUUUUGUUUUAAUGUAUGGGUUUCAAAUUUAAUACUUGGUGAUCUUGUGCACGGUGCAAGAUGAAACAGAAUCACUGAGGAGAAGCUCCAGUGCACUCGGUGGAUGAAGGGAUUUUUUUUUUAUGGUUUUACUUACAUCGGGCUUUUUUUCAGUGUGACUGACCUUUGGUGUGUCAGAUUGUAAGUGUUGAAAGCACCUUUAUUAGAGAGGAACAAAACCUUUGAAAUAAUAAAACGUGAAAAGUUUUCUUUCAAAUAUUCUUUAUUGCUCAGAUCCAGGUUGCUCAGCAAUACAGUUCACUCACAACUCAAAACAACAGCAUGGCUGUUACCAGAAAGGCACGGAUCCACGAGAUGUAGUAACAUUGGAUCAUAUGUCUGUCCAGUGCACAGUCACCAAUUACCUUGAGGUGUUUUUGGGACCUUUUGGCCUGUGGGAAAUGUAGGACGUGAGGGUUUGUGACCUACUGAGGAAACAAAAGGAAUCUCCCAAAUGGUGAAGAGCAGUUAAGAGUCGGAUCGAUGUAAAACCACAAAUUGAAGUAUAGUGCUAUAUGACGUGUAGUACAUACUGGAUCGCCUGCAAUAGUCUCAUGCAAGUCUUUGCAUUUUUCUCAGUUCACAAGUUAGGACGACAAAAAAACAAAAAAAAAAAAAAGACCACUGCUGUGGUUCUGCACAUCUGACCAGACUUGAUCCUUCAUCACCUGAUCCAUACUUGUUUUUGUUAAUUUGGAUGGUGUUGAAUAUUCAGUCCCAUAGGCAGAACAACUUUUACCAGCACUUUUAUUUUCAGACCUGGUUACUCUGCCCACUCAUAUCUACUUUGCAUUUUCUUUUUCUUAUCCCCCCACCUCCCCCAUCCCAAUCUUAAAAUCUGUUUAAAAUCCUAGCUAGGACACAAUUUAACAGCAAGUAGUGAUCUAACAUGACUGGAUAUUAAAGAAUCCCAGCUACUGCUCCAGACUACAUUUAAUCAGUGUAACUGACAAGAAAACCAGAUCAACAGAAAACGAAAUAAAGCCUAAGUUAUUCAACCGCUGUGCGAUAUGACUAACAGCACUGUGCGUCCUUAGUGAUGCGAGUGUGUUUUUUCUGAUACUGAAAUUAAUGCCUAGCAACACCCUACUGAACCUAGAAACACCAAAAUCCUUGGAAGUAAAAAAGAAAGUUACUAUGAUGUUUGCAGGUUUUGCCUCAGAUUGUGGCUGAGGGGAAACCUGCUCUUCUAGUAAAGAGCCAAAAACACAAGAGAGGCGGAGGCCUGAGGAGUCCUCUGCAAUGCUAGAAAAGAACUUCAAAUCUGCUCUAGGAAAAA